AUGAAAACAAUGGACUCACAAAUCGAAAUAUCUGACGAUGAUGACAGUUUCAACGGACCUGAGUGCUCAACAAAUGUCCAAAAUAACCCUAAAGAGGACGUAAUAGCCAUAAGUAGCGAUGAAGAAUUCAAUAAGUUUUCCUUCGACAAUGACUUCAUGUCUGAUGAUGAGGACAGCUCAGUAGUGGUUGAAAAGAAAAAGGCAGCUGUUAAAUCCCUGUUUUCUUCUAAAAAUCGUAAGGGGAAGGGGAAUGGUAAGAAUAAACAGAGGAAAGCGGCAGUCAAGGCUUUGUUCCCUCAAAAACAGAAUGUUAGUGUGCCUGUAGUGAAGUCUGUGAAGACUAGACCGCCUAUAGAGCCUCCUAAGGAUGUGUUUAACAAGAUGAUUGAAGGAGUAAACGUUAUGUUGCCAGUCAACCCUUAUGGGAGUCAAAUCGCUUUAAUGUCUAAGAUAAUAACUGCUAUUAAGAAGAAAGAAAACUGCAUACUGGAGAGCCCGACAGGUUCGGGAAAGACACUUGCGUUACUCUGCGGAGCGCUAGCAUGGCAGCAACAUGAACAAAAACAAUUAGGCCAAACCCAAGCGCAGCAUUACUUCACAAAAUACCCUGAGAUAAAGAAGGACGGAGUAGCAGACUACAUCAGCAGUCCAAUCCACCAGAAAACUGAUGCCACGCCAGAGAAGCUAUUCAGCAAGAAUAAUUUUGGAGAGAAGAGCAUCUACUACAAACCUGAAGAAAAUGGUGAAAGUAGUUCGACGGUCACACGCCAGGAAAAAACUCCAUACAGACAGAUCUCAGAAGAAGAAUCACCGUGUAAUCAAGUGACAAUACACAAGCGACCUCGGUUGGGGUCCGGAGAAUAUGAGGACACCACCAAAUUCUCUCUUCCUCAUACACCUGAAAAGACCACGACAGAAAAUAACGGAAAGGCUGAAACUCCUGAAAGCAUAAGAAACCUUUACGACCUGGUGGAAAACCUUCGAGUCUGCACGUCCAUGUUUGUUGGUUCCAGCCUCCCCACGAUAUACUACGGGGCCCGCACUCACACCCAGAUCAAGCAAGUUGUAAAGGAAUUUAAGAGGACGUCUUACUGUGGUAUGGUGAAGAUGACUCUCCUCUCCAGCCGCGAUAAGAGCUGCAUCAAGGACUUUGACAGGAGUGUCUGGAGUUCAAGGAAUGAUAUGUGCAGGGCUUGUGUUAAGCCUAUAAGAAGGGGUUCAAACAAAGAGAACUCCAACUGCAAAUUCUACGACAACAGAACAGCCCUGAACCACAACUGCAUGCCAGCUGCCUUCGACCUUGAAGAUCUUGUGGAAAUCGGACGGGAGAAGGAGGCCUGCCCUUACUACGGAGCGAGGGCCAUGGCAAAAACUGCACACAUAGUGUUCUGUCCCUACAACUAUCUGAUAGAUCCUAGCAUAAGGAGUAGCUUAUCAAUAGACCUCACCGGCGCAGUAGUGAUAAUAGACGAGGCACAUAACAUCGAGGGAAUAUGUCGCGACGUGGCCUCCGUUGAUAUCACACAACUGCAGAUACAGAAUGCUAUCAAGGAGUUGGAGACUGUAUCGCAGUAUCGGUUUGCGAACCAGGACGUGGAGUACUACAUAGACGGAUUGCUGAACACGCUCAAUAGUUGGAAUUACUGGUUUCAAAACCAGAUCCCGUUAAUGAACCAGCAACCAGUGAACAACAAUGAAGCUAUCUACAAAUGGCAGCAGACCGCAGACUUCGUCAACACGCUAAACAACCAUAACAUCGGCUACGUGCAAUAUGCUGAUUUCAAACGCAACGCCGAGAGCUUCUGCCGCCGACUGCGCGAGGACGCGAGCACUCUGUACGGAGUCACACAGGCCACGGGCACACUGCUGGAGGCCAUGGAUAUGGCGCUGGGAUUCCUUUUCCGAGAUCACUGCCAACACAUGGACGACUUCAAGCCGGCACUUAUCAAACAUGUCACCGGCAAGACUAGCGCGCCAUCUGCCAACACUGGAUGGAGAUCUUCGCAGUUUAAUGAUUGGGUAUCAAAAGAAGCCUUAACCCUAUCCCUGAUCUGCCUGAACUCCGGUAUAGUAAUGCAAGCUCUGCAGAAGGCUCGUUGCAUAGCCCUCGCGUCAGGCACUCUGACCCCUCUCAUCAGUCUACACUCCGAGCUGGAGACCACGUUCCCUCACAGAGUGUCGCCUAAUCAUGUCAUACCGGGGGAUAGGGUAUGGAUAGGGACACUGCUAGGCGACGCUACGGGCGACGUGUGUUACAACGCGAGCGGGGCCAGUUCCCCGCGCGCCCAGCGUGCGCUGGGGGCCGCCAUACUGCGCGUGUGUCGACUGACUGCGCACGGAGUGUUAUGCUUCCUGCCCUCGUACUCAUUACUCGACAGAUUAAUUAAAGAAUGGCAGGACAAAGGACUCUGGUACGAGUUGAACCAGCUGAAGAACGUGUUCUGUGAACGACGGAGCGACAGGGACCAUGAGGAGACUAUGAAUGAUUUCUACCAAACAGUGGGUACAACGAAAGGUGCGUUGUUAUUCGCGGUGUAUCGAGGCAAAGUGUCGGAGGGUAUGGACUUCAAGGACCAGCAGGCGAGGGCUGUUAUCUGUGUGGGUGUACCAUACCCGAAUCUGUACGACACUGGCGUCAGCGCUAAGAUGCAGUACAACGACAAGUAUAUGACGGAGAAGAACUUAUUGACAGGCAAGGAAUGGCUGCGAGUACAAGCGUAUAGAGCUCUGAACCAGGCAGUGGGUCGCUGUGUCCGCCACCGCGGCGACUGGGGCGCCGUACUACUGGUCGACUCGCGGUACAGGCAGGAGUACUACACUGAACAUCUCUCCAAGUGGGUCAAACGAUUUCUGGGCAACAACCACCACACGUACGAGUCUCUAACAUCCAGCCCCAACGGCCUGGCAGCGUUUAUGCAGAAAAUGAAAAUUAUCGAAGAGGAAGAAUCUUUGAAAACCUGA